CAAAGAAAAAGAUGAAACUGAGUCCAAAGAUGCCGCAAACACUGGCUGGGCUGAAGCCAUGGCUAAAGUGCUUAACAAAACAGUUCCCAAGAGUAAACACGCCAUCUUGGUUAAAAACAAAGAACGAGAUAAGGAACGAGAGAGAGAAAAACAAGAAUGGUUGGAAAAGAGGAGGCAGCUUGAUAAAAAGCGGGAGUGGGAAGAGAUGUGCAGAGUGAAGCCAGAUGUUGUCAAAGACAGAGAAACAGAGAGAAACCUUCAGAGAAUUGCCACGAGGGGAGUAGUGCAGUUAUUUAAUGCUGUCCGGAAGCACCAAAGAAAUGUUGAAGAGAAGGCAAAAGAGGCAGGGAGUUCUGACAGAAAACGGGCCAAAUUGAUAUCAUCUGUUUCAAAGAGAGACUUUAUUGAUGUACUGAGAGGGAUGGAAGGAACAGAAAUGGAGCGAAACACAGGAAGGAAGUCCGUGAAAAGCAAACAGGGUCGCUCUAAAUCUGAAGAGGGGCCAGCAUGGAGUAUAUUGCGAGACGACUUCAUGAUGGGAGCCUCGAUGAAAGACUGGGACAAGGAGAGUGAUGGGGAAGGCAACAUUGGUCAAGAUGGGGAAAUCAAACAGGAGAGAAAGUGACUUGGACCAACAAAAUUGAAAGUGUGUAUAUUUUUGUCAAAUAGGGUU